UCAACGGGCUACCGCAAAACUCUUGUUGUAGUCCACGACGAACUGGUGACGACCAGCGUAAUGUCUGCUAACUACCGUGGCCUUUAGGGUGAGACUUAGAACGAUUGAAGAGAGCCUGUGAGCAGAGUGACGAAACCAUGGACUUUGCCUCCUCUGACGGACGCCCCAGCAAGCGGGCGGCACCGGAAGACGCAGAAAUGGUCGCGGCAGACUCUGCAGCCUGCGCAGCACAGUUCUUGAGGGUGGCUGAGUGCGCAUGGCGCUUACUAGACACCGACUCGCGGCGAGCUAUUCGUGCAUGCUCCCGCGAAGGCCGUGUGCUCUUCGAUCGGCUCUGGACUAGGGUUGGCAUUUCGCUGGGGCCUCCCGAGGAAGGCGAGGAGGGUGCGCCACGGCCCCCUCCGCCCGACCACUCGCCCGGGUCGCUGACUGCGGGGCUUACUGGAGCGCUAGGUCGCGGUUGCCGGCCCCAAGAGAUUGUGCUGUCACACUGCAACGAAGAAGACGACUUCAACAUGCGGGAACAGCAGGCGCUGGCAGUGCUGGGCACGCUGGCCUGCCCCAGCCUGACUUCCGUGUCUCUGACGGGCUUCACGGCGCUCACACCCGCCCUGGCCACCGCGCUGUCUGCGGCCCGGCUGCCGGGGCUGACGCGAUUGGUGGUGGAAUUCCCGGAGCAAUACGAUGUGGAGGCGCACGGCCGCGGCCACGACGCUCACGCCUUCGCCGCGGUGAGCCUACUCAUGGCCGCGGGUCCGCGGCUGCGGGUGCUGGAGCUGGUGCGGGUGGACCACUGGCCCACGCUGGUGCUGCAGGCUCUGGCGGUGUGCAGCCACCUGGAGACGUUGUCGCUGGACAUGGGCUUUGCGGAGGACGACCCCAACGCCACUGCCGACGGCGCCGCCAUGCUCCGGGCCGUGGCGGCGGUGACUGGCCUGCGCAGCCUGACGCUCAAGGGCGGGCUGCGCCUGACCGCCGACGACCUGCAGCGCCACUCGCCCACCCUGAGGUGCCUCUCCGCGCUCACCGGCCUCACGCACCUGUCGCUGCAGGUGUCGGAGUGCUACCACCGGGAGGACUCGUAUUCGUUCGAGACCAGCCCGCAGGGCCGCUCGCGCUGGAGCACCGCCUUCGGGCUGCAGCGGUCCGCGCUGGCGGCGGCGCUGCGGGCCAUGCCCGGCCUGCGCUCGCUGGACUGCGGCGGCAUGCAGCUGCGGGCCAAAGACCUGGCCGCACUCACAGCCCUCACAUGCCUCAAGCUGGGGGGCGUGGUCCUGGCGGAGCCGUCGGCGGCGGCGGCGGCCGCCGCCGCUGCCGGGCAUAACGGCGAGCUGGGAGGUGGAGGGGGCGGCGCCUACGGCGCCGCCGGCGGGAGGGGAGCAGCAGGCCCCGGCGUUGGCACGCCGGGGACGUCGGGAAGCGAGGGCGCGGCGACGCCAGGGCCGUCCGGAGCGGGGCCGGCGGCGGCGGUGCCGGCACUGGUGGGAUCAUUCGUGCUGCCGCCGCAGCUGCGGGAGCUGCACUUCGGCCGGCCGCCCUCGCCGCGGCAGCUGGCGGCGCUGCGCGCCCCGCCCUGCCUUUGCAAGGUCGUGACCACGCGCCUGGCGUGGGAGUCGCCGCGUGCGGCGCUCACCUUCAACGUGCGUGACGUGUGCUCUCCAGACAUGGCGGCCGCCGCCGGAGGCGGGGGAGGCGGCGGCGGUGGGCACGGGAACGGACACGGGCACGGCCAUGGGCAUGGUGGCGGCGGCGCCGGCGCCGCCGCGGCCGGGAACGGCGCUGCCAUAGGCGCCGGUGCCGUGGGCGCUGGCGGCGGUGGCGGCGGCGGCGGCGGCGGCUCCAAUCGGCUGCUGCCCGACACGACCGCCAUUGUGGCGGCGGCGGCGGCGCUGCUGGCGGGCCGCGUGCCGCUGCCGCCGUCGCGGCAACGCAUCGCGGUAGUGUCCUGCGACAGCGGUCCGGGGCGGCUGCUGCCUCCUGAGGGGCAGGCGGACGGCCACGCCUGCUGGCUGCCGGCGCUGGCGGCGCUGGGUGUGGAGGAGCUGGUGCUGGGUGACAUGGCGCUGGGGCUGAGGGACCUGCUGGGACUGGUGGAGGGGCUGCCGGGGCUCAAGAUGCUGGACCUGCGCUCCUGCUCCUUCCCCAUGGCGGCGCUGCCCUGUCUGGCGGGGCUGCCGGAGCUGGAGGAGGUGCAGAUCAGCCUGAGGACCUCGCCCUGCGCACAGGAGACGGCCGAGUCGGCGCUGCUGCUGCUGUUCGCACAUGCGGCGGCAGCGCGGCGGCCUGGGCUGGACGGCCGCGGCGGCGGCGGUGGGCUCAAGCGCGUGCGCGUGGAGAGGGUGCAGGCCCCCACGUGGGCGAUGGACGCGGUUCGCUCCGUGCAGGCGCUGCUGGAGCAGAAGGCACUGCCCGGGCAGCUGGUGGUGUGAGGGCGCGAGCGCAUGACCUGACAUGUGGAGGUGGCAGGUGCAGAGUUUGUGGUAGCGGUGGCUGUGGCGGGAAGGCGACAGCUGGCUGCGGCGAAGGGGAAUGGAAACGUUUGGUGGCGAGUGAGGUGUUGUCGAAGCGCUGGCGGGCGUGUCACGAGCCGUUGAGCUCGUGUGGCAGUGGCUCGCUUGGGCAGGAUAGCGUGCAGGGUUUUACGGGUGGCAAUCCGUGGUAACCUUGCAGAGUUGCAGUUUUAAUACAUGCAGCACUUACCUGGCGGCUCCAGCUGUGGUAGAACACGACCAGGUGCCGGUAUCCUUUUUGAUGAUGCGCGUGUUUGCGCGUGCAUGCGUACUGGACUUUGGUGAUGUCGCACUCAGGAUUUAUUUUAAAGUUAUGAGGGCGCCGACGCCUGCGGGGCACGCACACCUAUUUGGGUUUAGCUGUGUAAGUCCGUGACUGU